AUCAUCUCUACAGUCUAUUUCUGAUUGCUAACUUUACGCUUCUCUAUUUGAAGUCGACAGCAUGAAGAUAUUCCUUGUUCUAACGAUUACUCUGGCUGUUGCCUGUGCCCAAGUUCUUCCGUUGGAGGAGAGCCCUAAACCUUAUGCUUUCAGCUAUGUAGCAGAGGCUGAAGAUGGCAGCAGCAGCCGUUCGGAAACUGCAGAUGGAACUGGUAUAGUCCGGGGCUCCUACGCCCUCAGUGACAUUGACGGUCGCAAUCGUGUUGUGGAAUAUGUCGCCGGUCCUGAUGGCUUCACUGCAAAAAUUCGAACCAACGAACCUGGAACCGAAAAUGCUGCCCCAGCUAACGUCGAGAUAGAAUCCAGUGCAGAAAAUACGAAUCUCUUACUGAACACUCCAUUGAAGCCAGCAGCCAGGAGUGCAAACAGUGCUGAAACUCCUCGAAGAGCUGGUGUGCGAUAUGUUCUCGUUCCUGAAACCGAAAUCCGUAGUCGCACCUAUUAGGAUAAACAGAAAAUCGUCUUAGUGUUUUAAAUUAUAGUCUCUAAGAAAAAAUUACUGAAGUAUAUUAUUAGUACUAAAAAGCAACUGUCAGCUUAAUUUUGAGGCUAGCACAAAACCUUUUUGGUGGUGGUAGUGGAAAAAAAUUCAUUCAAAUCCUAUUUUAAAACUUCUUCAAACACAAAACAUUCUUCUCGGUGGUAGUGAGAAAAACUCAUCAAGAUCGUCCCUUUAAAACUUAUCGAAUGAAUGAAAGAUUUAUAAAGUAGCUAAUCUUAAUUUAUCUAUACAGAAGCUUUCAGCUUAUGCCGAGACCUUGCACGCCAGCUGCCAAUUUCUUUACAUCAAACAGCUUUCUUUUUACAAAAUUCAUAAAUUUGUAUUGCUUUCUGUAAAUAAAUAUUUUAUACCAAAAA